AUGAAUGCUGUGAGUAAUCUUACUAACUCACAACAAGCUCUUACCAAUUCACAACAAGCUCUUACUAAUUCAUACCAAGAGUUCAAAGCCGAAGUAAAGAAAGAGUUUGAAGUGAAGGAUAAAUCUCAAAAGGCAUUAGAGAAGCAAGUGGGGCAACUUGCUCAAGAGAUGGCUCAAAUUCGUGGAAGUGGAGGAGGACUUCCAAGUGACACCAUAAUGAACCCGAAGCAUCAAAGCUCAAGCACGGGCAAUAUGAGGAAUGUACACAUUAGUGCGGUAAGUCUUCUUGUGAAUGACGAAAUUUGUAGUGUUCAAAGCAUUCCACCACCACAAUUCGUUGAUGGUGUAGUGGAAGAUGUAAGUGAUGAGCCGGAAAGUGAAAAUGAACAAGAAACGAUUUCACAAAGUAAAAUUGAAAAUGUAACUAAAAAUUCUUUUUGUGAAAAUUGUUUAAAUCAACUUAACCCGAUUAACGCAUCAAAAUUUGAAGAACGGUGCCCACCAAAGGACGAGAGGUGGGAAAAUUUUAAACAAGCAAAAAUUAAUUUAUCGUUACUCGAUGACAUUAAAAAGGUUCCGGCUCAUGUGGAAUGCUUGAACGAGUUGAGCAUUGAAAAACGGCAUAAUAAAUUACCCAAACCGAUUGAUUUGGUAUCACAUGUUAGUGCCGUCUUAUCAAGUGCGCUUCCCCAAAAAGCUCAAGAUCCAGGAGAUCCUCUUAUUCCAAUUCAAAUUGGAACAUUCAAAAUUGAGAGGGCGCUCCUAGAUCUUGGAGCUUGUGUGAGCAUCUUGCCCGGGAGUCUAUACGACCAAUAUUAUUUUGGUCCAUUGAAAAAGUUUGACACCCCCGUGGUGUUGGCUGAUCAGACUCCCACGCAUCCAAGGGGGGUGGUGGAAGAUGUGAUUGUGAAGGUAGAUGAUUGCUAUUACCCAAUGGACUUUUUGGUAGUAGACUAUGUUGGGUGUGUUGAGGACACCAAACCGAUAGUCAUAUUGGGUAGACCGUUCCUGGCAACUGCUAAUGCCAUAAUAAAUUGUGCAACGGGAACGGUAAGCAUGAAGUUUGGGGAUCGGGAAUUAAAUUUAAAUAUUUUCCCAAAAUUUACUAACCCACUCGGUGAGGAUACGUGUCCCAAGAAGGACAUGAAUCCAAACAAAAAGGUAUGUGCUAUGGUUGGUAGGUUUGGAGAACCAAAGAAGAAGACGGUCAAGAAGAAGAAUGCCAAGAAGUUACCUCAAGAAAAUAAGAAGGAAAAAGAGGUGAGGAAGUUUGGACCGUUUGGCAACAAAUGGUAUGAAUCACCGGUGGAUGAUUUUGAGGAGUUAGUGGGCGGCAAGCACGCCAUUCGACCACCAUGA